CAUUACCUGCGGGUAUUCAACCGAUUAAGAGAGAGAAUACCGACGAAGAUGAGGACCAAUCGCCUCCCAGCGGUGCGUUGCCUUUGAAAGCAGAGGAGACGGUAAGCUCUCGAUGGUUCAACCCACAUGACGGGGACUUCCAAUUUGCGUGGGAGAAGGACCUUACUUUGUCACAAAGAACAACAACGCAAGCCAACUGCGCGUCUCCAUGCGUUCAAGCCGGGUUGAAAAUGCGGUCAUUGUCCCCAGGUCUGAUCGACAGUCCCACAGCACUUGCCCGGCCACCUCCAGCGACUUCUGCUGCCACGGAAUUAAGAAAAGCUCCUCGAGGACCACCAGCAAUACUGUUAUAUGAAAAGGAGAGUAGCAAAGCGUCCGCUUCAGUUCAAGCGCACGAGGCAAUUUCUUCAAGCAAAGUACAGCACGAUGUUUCAAACAAAAAGCGAGAAGCAUCAGACUCGCGUGGCAAGUCUGAAGCGGCUGUUGAUAACGAGAAGCCGAAGACGACCGCGUCAACACAGGCGGCCGCCGCGAGCGGGCACCAGGGGCUCAACAGUCACGGAACUGAUGGUGAGAAGGCGCCUCUGAGCGAGAACCGCCGCCAGAAGAACAACGAGGCGGCCAAGAAGUCACGCGACGCGCGACGCGCCAAGGAAGACAGCGUGGCCGUCAAGUGCGCCCUGCUCGAGGCGGAACACGUCCAGCUGCGCCUCGAAAUGGCCUGGCUCAAGAACGAGACGGCCCGGCUCAGGUACCUGCUGUACAGCAGCUAGCCGGCCAGGCCGGUCAGGUACCUGCUGUAUAGCAGCUAGCCGGUGAGGCGGGCCAGGAACC